AUGCGAGUCGGGCUCGUUCUUGCUGGAGUAGACUCACAACUGACUCUGGAUCACCCACUAUGCAGGUCGUACCCGCUCACGGCGUCGACGUCGCAGCAGUCGUCCUCAUCUUCCCUAGCCGGUCAAUACACGGCCACCCAAUUCUCCUUCGCCUCGACUCCAAAACCCUUCAAGAACCCCCACUACACGCGUCACAGUGCGCCCGGCGGACCCGGUAAGCGAAACAAGACGCUCAAGCAGAUUUUGACGCUCGAGAGGGAGAGGGUGGAUGAGGAGGUGCGCAAGCGGAGGGAGCAGAGGGAGGAGCGCAGACGGCUACGGCAGGAGAGGGGAGAGACGGCGGCAGAGACGGAUGCGGAAGACGAGGAGCGAGAGGACGAGGUGGUCAGCUUCGUCUCAAUCGAAGCGACUCCGUCGCUGAUGCCGCAGAAGCGGUACUGCGACAUCACUGGUCUCGAGGCGAAAUACGUCGACCCACGCACCCUCCUGCGCUACCACUCCCCCUCGAUCUUCGAACUCAUCCGCUCGCCCUCGUUCCAGCCGGCAGUCGUACAAGCCUACCUCGCACUGCGCGGGAUGGGCGUCGUCUUGCGGUGA